AUGGCAUCUCAAGACGAAUCGGAAUCAGUGAAGAGUUUGCGAAAAGAGCUAUUUUAUUGGACGGAUGAGGGCUUGCAAUGGAAUCCAUCAGACUUUGGAGGACAGACACAACUGAUUGUCUCAUCGGAUCUAAUCUGGAAACCGGACGUCACUUUCGUUAACUCUCCGCACGCUUUCCGAUACGACCAACAGGUCCGGGAGGCGACCGUUAUUGUCAAGUCUUCGGGAACUGUCGAGUGGUUACCGCAGAUAAUGUUCACCACAUACUGUAUGACUGACUUACGGGACUAUCCGUCGGACAAACAAAAGUGUAGAUUAAGUAUUGAACCGUUUUAUGAGUACAAAUACGUUGACUUCAAGACAUUCACCCAUAAAAAUGUGUCCAAAUAUAUGCGGAUGAAAGGCGUGAGGUAUGAGAACCAGGAGUGGGCUCUCAUUGAUAGUACAGUCUUAAGUCUAACACUAAUACAACUCUUCAUCGGAUCCCAAAUCGGCUUCUCUGGAAAUAAAGGCAUUCCUCUCAUUGUCUUAAGUCUAACACUAAUACAACUCUUCAUCGGAUCCCAAAUCGGCUUCUCUGGAAAUAAAGGCAUUCCUCUCAUUGUGUCUAAAACUGGUAUACAUAUAGUGUUUAUAGCGAUUAUGACUUUCUGUUCAGUCGUUAUCAACAGAUUGUUUGCAAUGAAAUUGUCU